AUGUCGAAGCUUCCAACAAUAUCUUCUCCAGAGAAGACUCCAUCCCCCGAGGGUCAGAGCCCAUCGCAUGAGCCUUCGCACGACUCUCCUUCUAGUAGAUAUAGAGAAGAAGGAGAAGAAGACCCCAACACGGGGUUGUACCCAAGCCAAGAUCUUUCAGAUCAUUUUGUCGACUUCUCAGUCGAGCCGUUAUCCAUCAUCUCUCUACCCCCGAAAACCAAAAGUGCGUCAGGAGAUUUGUCUAGUGUCAGGCAAAAUCUGCCUCCUUUGCCUCCCAUACCUCUCCUCGCGUUGACACCCUACCAACCCACACACGAUAUGUCGUGCCAUUUUGUCUACGGGCACAACGACAAGGGACAGAAGCAGGUGUCCCUACCAGAACCAAACGGUAUGACUAUAGAGGUCAAAGGAUACUUAGACCUGGAUAAAGAUGAGGUAUACAAGGAGUGGCUUGGGACAGGUAAGGAAGAUAACGGGUGGUCUAUAAUCGACAAAUCGGUUGAGGCAGUCGGUGGGAGUGAGGUCCUAGGAAGGUCAUAUAGAGAGGACAUUGAGCUCGAACCGGUUAACGGGGCUAUUGCUGAGCAGCCCGAACCCAAGCGACUAAGGGUACACCCACUAUUCACAGCCCGUUAUGGAGACGACCCGAAUUGGGGCUCAAUGGCCGAGUCAGGCGAAGGCGAACCCGCCGCUAGGACUGGCACCGGUGCUGGUGCUGCUGUCGCAGCAGCCGCCGCAGCCCUUGCUACCGCCAACGAAGCUGCCGACACCACGCCUCAGCCGAAGCACAAGUCCACCCGCAGCCACGAUCCCGAAGCCCGCAUCCCUUUCUUGGCGUGGUUCCUAGUCGGGGGUACGGGCCGGCCACCCAAGAAGCGGAACUUCAUGCGCAUGGCUAGGGAACGCAACGAGGCCGGCAGGAAAGCCAAGGCCAAAUCCGCGCCGCGGAAGUAG